GAGUGCUCCGAUCGGUGCCAAAUGGAAAGGCUGCUGUCUGCACGAGCCUUUGCAGAACAGCUCAUCUGCUUUCUACCUAACCUUAUCUAACCAGUCUUUUUCUUUUUCUUUUUCUAGAGCAAAUUGCAGCAGGCGGUGAGGACAUUCCAGAAGAAUGCAGCCAAGGAAUGCAGACUCAGGCAAUAUGUUGCCCGCCUCCACCGGCCUGCCCAUCGCCACCCAUAAUAAUUUCACAGAGAACUACAAUGAGACAAGAUCCAGGUUGCAUGGAUGGAAAUCUCCGAAGAUCAGAUUCCAGAGGCCAGAUCUGCUGCCCAGUAGUGUGCAGGGAGACAGUUAUGAGAGAGUCAAGAAUAAGAGGCCAGUGCCCUGAGGAUGAUGUGUGGUCCGGGAACAGAGAAAGAAGAGAGAGCCUGGUGUGGAGCCAAUGCGGGCCUCCAAGGGGACAAGAAUCUCAAGUAAGGUUUGACACCGGAUACGGAAGUGAAUGCGUGUGUUGUGAACCGCCGCCGCCACCGCCGCCGCCGCCGCCGCCUUGCAGAACACCUCCCCCGUGCAUACCGAGGAGACAGGAGUGUGCGCAGCAACGCCAACCGUGUCCGCCGCCGCCGCCUUGCAGACCACGGAGGUGUGAAUCCCAAGCGCGUCCAUCACAAACAUGCAACAGACGCCCGGCUCCAAGGUGUGCGCCACAACCCCAAUGUCAGGGGGCACCACCGCAGCAGCAGCAGCAGCAGCAGCAGCAGCAGCAGCAGCAGCAGCAGCAGCCCCAGCAAAAACAGCAGCAGCAGCAGCAGCAACAGCAGCAGCAGCAGCAGCAGCAGCAACAGCAGCAGCAGCAGCAGCAGCAGCAGCAGCCGCCGCCCCAGCAACAACAGCAGCAGCAGCAGCAGCAGCCGCCGCCCCAGCAACAACAGCAGCAGCAGCAGCCGCCGCCGCCGCCGCCGCCUCCACAGUAGCCCCCACCAUCGCAGCCACCGCAGCCUGAAUGCUAGACCUCUUCUUUCUUGGCUCUUCAGAAUUUUGCCGUUAGUAGACUUGCUCACCACUAAUUUCACCUUCCAAAUUUCGCUUCAUAAGUAUACAUAUAUAUAUACAUAAUCCAACGAAGAAAGACGGUGUUUUCUGAAAUAAAAUUAUUAAAUAUCCAGUAAGUUCCCUUGA